GCCUCCGCGGCUGCAACGUCGCCAAAGAUGGCGGCGACCCUUAUCUGACGGCGCCGCGUCCGCGCUCUUCCCGGCUCCAUCGGCCCCCGUCUCGUCGCCGCCGCCUUCCCGCGGUAGAUCGGCGCUGCCCGCGCGCGGUGACAUUGGUGAGGUGAGGCACGAUGGCGAGUCCAAGGACAAGACGGGUUCUUAAAGAAGUGAGGACUCAAGAUGAAAACAAUGUUUGCUUUGAAUGUGGGGCUUUCAAUCCACAAUGGGUCAGUGUGACCUAUGGAAUAUGGAUCUGUCUUGAAUGCUCAGGAAAGCACAGAGGUCUUGGAGUCCAUCUCAGCUUUGUACGGUCCGUUACUAUGGAUAAAUGGAAGGAUUUAGAGUUGGAGAAAAUGAAGGCUGGGGGCAACACAAAAUUCCGCCAAUUUUUGGAAUUGCAGGAUUACGACCCAUGUUGGUCACUGCAAGAGAAAUACAACAGUCAGGCUGCAGCUUUUUUCCGAGACAAGGUUGCUGCCUUGGCUGAAGGUAGGGAAUGGUCCAUUGAAACGUCAGAAGCUCGGAAUUGGACGCCACCACGGCCUAAAACAGCUAUUUCUUCAGCACAUUGUUCUGGACCUAAACAAAAUUCCGCCUUAUCCUCUGAUAAUAAGUUUGAGGACUGGUUGAAUGACGAUAAUUCCUAUCAAAGUGGUGGAGGACAAGCAAGUCAGGAUAAUCGCUACGUUGGAUUUGGAAACACCGCUCCCUCUUCGAAAAAGGACGAAGAUUUUCUCAACACCGCCAUGACUUCUCUCUAUUCGGGUUGGAGCAAUUUUACCGUUGGCGCUACCAAGUUUGCAUCCGCAGCAAAAGACGGAGCAGUGAAGCUUGGAAGUCAGGCAACGCAAAAGGUCUGGGGCUCCAAGCAGCAGCUAGAGCCGGCAACAGAACUAGGACAGACGUUGAAUGAGAAUGUUAUCAAACCUACUCAAGACAAGGUUAAAGAUGGAAAAUAUUUAGAUGACGUUUCUGUUGGCAUGUCACAGAUUGCCAAUAAGGUUCAGGGAGUGGGUGUGAAAGGAUGGCAAGAUGUCAGUUCCCUUUUUACCAAUAAAGAAUCUGUUCCACAAAGCCACUCGGUCGGAGAAAGUUACCAGAACAGUGGAUUCGACGACGGCUUCUGGGAUAACUUCGGUGCGAACGAAGAUUCUAAAACAAAGAGUCCCUCGAGUGCGAACGCAUGGGGCUCUGGGGAGAAGAACGAUGAAGCUUGGGGUGUGGUGGACACUACAACAAAGCAAAGCAACAAUAGUGAUGCCUGGGACGACUGGGACAAUAACUGGGCUGCAAGCGGGGAAAGCAAGAAUAAAAAGUCCCCAAAAAGAGAAAACAGAGGAGCGGUAGAUGAAGGAUGGGACAACCAAAACUGGUAGCGGGGGGGGGGGGGGGGGGACGUGCUUCGAAUUGGAAUCACCCGCACUUCACUUUACUUAACCUUGCUUUGUUGCUGUCAUAAGCCAUUUCGUAUUCCUGUUCAUAAAGAAUCAAUGUUUCGGGAAAUAUAACUCUCUAGAGACUGGUUACUUGCGUAUCUCAAACAAAAAGCAACUUGCACAAAGACCAGUCAGUAUUGUAACCAGAGAAAUCUCCUUUCAGUAUGUCGUUAGGCUCAAGUGUUAUAUUUUUACACUGAAUGCAUUGACAAUACAUUUUUCUAUUUAAGGGAAUAUGUUUUUUUCCAUUAACUCACAGAUUUAUUUUUGUGUACAUAAAUAGUUAAAUCCACAGGGUAUCAUGGCAAAAAAAAAUAAAGUUAAAUAGGGCAGUGAUUAUUUUUGUUGUUAGCUCAGGUUUUCUUUUGAAAUGCAACAAACAGCAUUUGCUGCAUGUGCUAUAGUGUGUCUGUGUGUGUGUGUGUGUGUGUGUGCAGCUUUGGUAUGUAUGGUUGUACAGAGCGAAUAGUGUUUACAGGUUCUUUCUUUGUGUUCUCUGUAAUUACUGUAGGUUUGGUGCCUAGCUGAUUGAAGUAACGUUUUAAGAUUCCCCACUCCAAUAAUAACUGUCUCUACCUAUUGUCUAACCCUACCUGCCUUACCAAGCGAUCCGUGAUCUUGAAGUGGCUAAUGCCGGCAAACAAAUGCUCUUUACAUUUACUCACCAUUUCUUUGUCUACUCGACUCGUAAAGCGUUUGAAGAGAAUAACACUAUCACAAAAUUAGUAGAUAGAGGAAUGUUGGAAUGUAUUCAAUAUUUGUUACCAAAUGCCGAAAGCAGCCAUUUCUCUGCCUGUAUCGUUUAAAAAUGUUUUAAAUUGGAUCACUUUAUUAGCUUAUUGUUAUCCGCCUAGGAUAGAGGUCUCCAUUCCUGCCUUUUAAAUGUACGGCAUAGCGUAUACAAUUACAUCUAUUACUUGUGUAGUGCUCGGAGAUUACCUGCAUUCUCUGAUCAUUCCAUUAUAAUCUUCAAAAGUACGUUGAUCUGCAACUGUGAGCGCGUUGUGUCUGAUCUGUGAUGGCCCCAGAUCUUAACUCUAAACAUUCCAGUUGCUUAUGAUGUGAAUGCCAAUCUAGUAUGGGCGGUUGUUCUUUUAAGUAUUGGAGAUAUUUUUAAGUAUCUGUGCAAUAUUUUCGAGCAUGGGCAUCGGACUAAUCUUUCUGUAACUUGGAGAUUAUUGAACACUUAUGACCUAAAUUAUUAUGUGGAUUUUCCCUGAUAUGAUGGUCGUCUGGAAUUAUAGCAACUUAUAAGUUGCCGGUAACUUUGCACCCAUUUUUGUGUGUGAUUGCCUUUGAUGAUGUAUUACAAUAAAUAAGAUUUAAAACAAAAUCAUUUUGUUUCCUUUAAUUCUAAACUAUCCAUUUCUGUGUAAAAUUUCAUUUGUUUGUUGAACGUAUUGUCUGGAAGCUUUGUUUUGGCACAAAUAUCUUGGAACAUUGUAGUAAACUUAAUUCAAAAGAUCUCCUUGGUGGAAUAAAGCAAUCUUUCAAAAUUA